AUGGUGGGGUCGGCCCGCUGGGUGCUGUGCCUGUGCCUGGGCUGGGGCUGCCUGUGCCUGGCGCUGGGGGACGUGCUGAAGGCUCGCCGGGUCGGGCUGAGGAGACGAGCGGCCCCGGGAGGAGUUCGCGGCGGCCGGGCGAGAGCCGCGGCAGGUGACUACGGCCUGGGGCAGCGGCAGCAGGAGGAGCGGCGGCGGCCGGAGCGGCUGCAGCCGGGGGACAAGGUGUCGGAGCACAUGCUGCGGCUCUACGACCAGUACAGCGGCAGCCGCGGCGCGCAGGCGGCGGCCCCGCGGGCGCGGGACCCCGCGGCGCCGCCCGCGCUGCACCACCGGCAGGGCAACACGGUGCGCGGCUUCCGCCCGCUGGGAGCAGGGAGCCCUGGAAGCCAGGAGCUAUAUGUUUUUAACUUAACCUCACUCACCAAGUCUGAAAAUAUCUUGUCAGCUGCAGUAUAUUAUUAUAUUGGUGAUCUGCUGAACGCUAGUUGGAACUGCUCUCAAUCCAGAGACUGUUCUCAUCACAGGCACAGGAAACCUGAAAUUCAGAUUCAUCUGUCAGUUUGGACUUUUCCCUCUGUUAGGAACCAGACUCGGAGUCUGGGACAUUUCCUAAUAAAUGUCUCCACUGCUUACCAGGAUGUCCUUUCUUGGCAGUGGAAGGAUAUCACUCAUGUCCUGCAUGAAGCAAAACAAAACAAUGAGCUUUUGAUCAGUGUCAAAAUGGAUUUGAGUAGCCAUCACCCGUGGAAAAGGGUACCUUCUCGCUAUGAACCCUACAUUCUGGUAUACGCCAAUGAUUCUGCUAUUUCAGAGCCGGAGAGUGUUGUCACUAGUUUGCAAGGGCACCGUAAUCCCCUGGUGAGGAUCUUUCCCAGGACAGAAAAACAUGUAAAGAGCAGCCUCAGCAAGCGACGGCGGAAACGCUCCACAAAUGUCCUGUUGCCACUGCAGAAUAAUGAGCUUCCAGGAGCCGAAUACCAGUACAACGAGGAUGAGAGAUGGGAAGACAGAAAACCCUACAAAACCCUCCAGCCACAGCUGGCAGAGAGGACAAAGACUAAGAAAAAGCAGAGGAAAAAUCACCACCAGAAGAGCCAGACUCUCCAGUUUGAUGAACAAACCUUGAAGAAGGCAAGGAGAAAGCAGUGGAAUGAGCCAAGGUACUGCUCCCGGCGCUACCUCAAGGUGGAUUUUGCAGACAUCGGUUGGAGCGAGUGGAUAAUUUCCCCUAAAUCCUUUGAUGCCUAUUACUGUUCAGGAGAAUGCCAAUUCCCAAUUCCAAAGGCCUUGAAGCCCUCAAACCAUGCCACCAUCCAAAGUAUAGUGAGAGCUGUUGGGGUUGUCCCAGGCAUUCCUGAGCCUUGCUGUGUUCCUGACAAAAUGUCUUCUCUUAGCAUCUUAUUCUUUGAUGAAAAUAAGAAUGUGGUUCUUAAGGUCUACCCCAACAUGACAGUGGAGUCCUGUGCAUGUAGAUAA